AUGAAAUUCCCCCUCUUCGCUAUCCUUCUCGUCGUCGCAGGCGCUAACGCCUUGCCUUCGUCGAGUGAUGUUCUUGAGAACGAGUCUUACAACAAACUUGGCCAAAGGAACUUCGUUGAAGAUCAAAUCAGAUGGGUCAUUGAACAGAUCAGUAAUGUAGUGAAACUAAUUGGCCUCGACCCUAUUGAAGUUGAAGAGAAAAGUAUUGACAUCGAUGUUCCAAUAGUAGAUAUUAGUAUCGCCGCCAUCCUCGAAGGCCUUAAGUUUGAAGGCCUCAGUAACAUACGCAUCAACAACCUAGAGUACAGUUUCAUCUUCAGCAGACUUCGCCUCGAUGUUUCCCUUCCAGAGAUCAGUCUUAUUGUUGGAAACUCUGGACUGGAGGUGAACUUCUUCGACAGAGAAUUUCUAGGUGUUUUCAAGGGCAGCCUCUACAUCAGGUCAGUCCGUCUUGCAGCUGAGGUUCACGUCAAUGCUGAUCUCGAAGGAAUUUCUCUACGUAGCAUUUCAAUUAACUUCAGCCUCGGUGGAAUUGAGUCCGACUUGUUUUUGGAGAUGCAAGGAAACGACCGCUCUGAUGUCGUCAACAAUUUCCUUAACAAGAGAAUCCCUGAUUUCUUGAAGGACAACGAGAGGGAUAUCAACAGAGUCCUUGAAGACGUUGUCAGCUUCAUUCUUAACCGCAUUUGGAGCUCUUAA